AUGACUGAAUCGCCCAGUGAUUCUAAUUGCUCUGAAACUUCAAAGUUAUCAUUAUCGCUUUCCUGUGAAUCUUCAAGCUUUGAAGAGGAAUUAGAAACUGUUUUGGAGAAACCUGCGGUGACUCCAUAUCAGUUUGAGCCAUAUUUAUCGGACUCUGAUGAAAAUGAUUUAGAAAGUCCUACUCAGCAUGGCCAGGAUGACGGAAAUUCUGCCGAUAGUCGGCUUAACAACACAGACUGGUGCAGUUGUGGUCAGUGUGUUCCAAUGCCUUCAGCCAAGGAAUGUAUAUGUUGCACAGAAGUGAAGGCUAUAUCUGACCUUAUGGAAAAUGAUGGUGUCCAGUGCAUAACAGAUCAUCAGGGAUUCGACCCAGUAUGCUUGAACACAUAUGUACUGGCCACAGCAUACAACCAGUAUAAGCAACAAUACAAUAACGAAAUCCUGAAUGCUCCAGAACGAUAUAGGUAUACUAGCUACAGGCAGCUCGUGAGAUGGACAUGGGGAUACCUUGUGAAGCAUGUGAGGGUGGUUUUGCCAGCAUGUGCUGUUAACCAAAUACCAAGUCGUUUUCCUUCACCCCAAGAUGCUUAUGUUGGUUUUCAGGAUCACGAUUAACCAUCAACAGCAACCAUCAUCAGCCAUUUCAUGAUUUUCGGCCUGUCUAUUAUUAGUAUAACG